UUCGCAACAUUGAGUGAGCUGAAUAAGGAUAAGAAAAGUCGAGCGAGAAGUCGUAGCAGUAGUGCAAGCUCAAACGAUGAGAAACAUCAGCAAGGAUUUUUUGUUGGUGGAAGUGAGCACAGUGGUCAGCAAGUGCUCGGACCAAGUAGUUCAUCACGUAACUCAUCGCAUAAUGAUCUAAUUUCUAUGCUGUUCGAAUCAGCUAGGUCACACGGUGCCGAAGCAGUGACACCAGAUGAAAGCGGUGCCAUGAGCCGGCACAGUAAUCACGCAGUUAAGUUCAAAUCUGCUGGAUAUCGUUUGGGUGAUUCUCAUGCUCCAUCUGAAAGUGUUCUGCCAUCGCAUCCAACGCCCACUGAUGAGCAACAGCAAGAACAGAAUUUACUCGUUUUCUUCUCUUUCUUUCAGCAAGAAGUAAUUCUGAAGAUGUGGGAAAACGGCUUCUCGAUAGAUGACGGUCCAUUGCGUACGUUCGAUGAUCCGGAAAGUCGAUCGUUUUUGCAGAGUAUCAUGCAGGGGCAUAUCCCGGUUGAGUUGGUUCGUCAGUAUCCGGGUCGUGUGAUCGACUUGCGCAUGGAACGUAAGACAGAGCCAUAUCAAGAACCUAAACUCAAGCCAUUCAGUGGCCACGGUCAACGUCUCGGUGAUAUUGUGCCGCCAAUAGUGGGUGCGGGCACACUUGGUCAGAAAUUGGAUAGUAGUGAAACGGGGCACUCAUCUGAGAGCGUUUCUGAGACUGAUCCGAUAACGACCGCGCAACAGUCGAUAACUUUGCGUGAUGGUGAACCGACAACGCAGGUUCAGAUUCGUUUGCCGAAUGGCCAGCGGAUUAUUGGACGCUUCAAUCACACACAUACAGUCGAGGAAGUGCGCUCGUUCAUUGUUGCCGCGGUGCCAGAGUUCGCAUUCCAGCCGUUCUAUAUGAUGACAACGUUCCCGAGUAAAGUGAUUGAGCAGGAGCGAGAGACGUUGAAAGACGCAGGUCUAUUGAACUCGCGGAUUUUCAGGAGAAUGGGUUUGCUGGAGUUGACAGGUUUCGAUAAGGUGCUGAAAGCGUUCAGAAUAAUCAAACAAAUUGGUGGCGUACGAGCUGCGAUCAGAAAACGAUAUUUAAUGGACGAAACACGGGUUGGAACGUUGGUUGGCGAGGAUAAAUUCGGCCAUAAGUAUUAUGAAAACAACGAAUAUUAUAUGCCAAGAAAUCGUUGGGUUGAGUUUCCUGAGUAUAAGUGGCUUGAAUACGAUGCAACACAAGUACCACCUGAAUGGCAUCGUUGGCUACAUCAUAUGACAGACAAAACACCUAUUGAAGAUCCUCCAGUCGAACGAAAAUGGAUUCUAACUCACGAAGAAAAUCUCAGCAUAUUUGAUGACAAGAAAUUCAUCCCGUAUUCAACAACGCGAGCCAAGAUAACCGGUUGGCAGCCAGGCACGAGAACUGGAAAGCCGUGA